AUGCCUCUAUGGAUGUCGACCACAGUUCCCAAGUUCUUGGACGAGCCAGUUCGGGAGGAGGAGCCGCAGCCGCAUAUGUACAUGGAUGAGAUACCUGAGAAGUGCAACGAUGAGAACGAAUGCAGGAAUGAGCUCUACUUCAUACACAGGAUGGAGUGGGAAGCAACGCAACUGCGGAAGGUCUACAACGUCACGCUGAGGGAGCUGUGGCCAGAGUGGCCGCUCGAAGAAAGCUAUGUGGAGCUCGAUUUCUUCCAGGCAGUCUCUCAAUAUGACGGGAUAUGGGUGAAGAAGGCAGUCAGAUGGGCCGAUUACCUGGAGAAGGGUCAAGUUAUGCGAUUCAAGGACUUGUGGGGAAGUGGGCUCGGUUUGUAG